CGCUCACUCUCGCGUUUGCAGAGGACAAGAAUCCUGCACACAGCCCCUGUGCUGCCCUGUGAACAGCCUCCCUGCUGAGCAGAGCAGCCGAGGCAGGAGAACAGCGAGGUGCUGAGGGAAAGGUGCAGGCUCCGGAGUGGAAGGGAUAUGAGUUUCUGGACCUACAAGACUGGCACUGCAUCCUAGGACAGUGGAUGCCUCCUGUGAGAUGACAUCUCGACAUCCUCCUAAGUUCCAUUGCUGAGCUGUGUUGUGGGGGUGUCUUCUCUCUUUCAGUGUGUCACCAGUACUGAUGAAGCCCUCAUUGCUGCUUCUGUCUCACCUCUGCCUGUUCAGCCGCAUGCCUCCCUCGUGGGCAUCAGACUCAGCACAAGGUGCCUCCAGCCUCACUUGUUGGUAUGACUCUCGGGCAGCUCUCUUCUGCGACUGGGACCCGGGCAGGGACCUGGCUGAAGCACCGUGCCAGCUGGAGAUUUUAUCAAAGAAAGGCUUUUGUGACAGCUAUAGCUUUCCAUUGGAGUCACAUCCCUCAUCUGAAAAACCCAAGAAGCACUGCAAGUUACCCAAGGCAGAGCAUAUGACAGGACUGAGGAGAUGCAUCAAAACCUUCAACCAAAAUGUUAAUAAUCAGUGCUUCACCGUUGCAGACAGUCUUAACUUGUCUGUCCAUUGCCACACUGGAGAGAACAAAACCAAAAUACCUGAACAAAUAAAAAACUUCAAACCAUUUGCAAAUAUAAAGCUGAGGCCUCCAGGAGACCUUCAGUUGGUUAACAUAACUGAAAACACCUCCAACCUAACAUGGAGCCUGAAUAUUUCCUCUCACUAUUUGGAUGGGAAGCGGGAGUACCAAGUGCGGUUCCGACACGUGAGUCAGUCCUGGGAGGAGGCUGCAAACUUGCCCAUUGAGCAGGAUCAGAUGUGGGCAAAUUUUGAGAGACUCUCACCCAACUCUAAAUAUGAAGCGGCUGUCCGUGCAAGGCCAAGUGCCAGGAGCGACUACAAAGGCGUGUGGAGUGACUGGAGCAAGCCGGUCCUGUGGAGGACACAUGCUGACCAUAAGGGAACAUCCCAGCCAGUCCUGCCAGUUCUGAUAGUGAGCACUUUCAUCUUUGUGAUCAUUGGGACCGCCUUCCUCAUUAACUUACGCACCCUGAAAUGGUUUAAGAAGAUCCUGAGGAUUCACAUCCCAGACCCUGAGAAGUUUUUUCCCCCGCUUGUUUCGGUUCACGGAGGUGACAUUCAGAAAUGGCUCUCCUCCCCAUUCUCCACAUCUUCCUACUGUGUGAACAGCACAAUCCCAGAGAUCUCCAUGCUCGAGGUGAUGCAGAAGAAUGACCAGGAAUCCCGGUUUCUACUUUCCAAGGGAGCCCUGACUCCUGAUCCUCCCAGAGAAACCAGUGUGCACUCUGGAUCCAGCUGCUUCACCAACCAAGGCUAUUUCUUCUUCCACGUUUCCAACUCCUUUGAGGUUGAGCCCUGUCAGGUCUACUUCACCUACGAGCCUUUUAGCCAGGAGGGCAGUGGCAGCAAGGAUGGCGACUGCUACCAGGCUCUCCCCUCUCCAGACCUCUGCACACUGGCAGAGGACAUGCAUGUGCUGCCCAACAACUUCUUUCACUGUAUCGAGGCAAGCCAGGGCUCCCAAAAGAGCAACUUCAUGGAAGAGACAGCAGGUGAAGCCCAGCAGGCCAUGGCUGUUCCUGGGGCUCUCCAGUCAAGGGAAGGCACUUCACCAACACCGCUUGUGGAGCAGGAUGAGAAGGUGAUGGACAAAGCAGCUUCACAGCCGGCUGGGGCCGUGUGCCAGCUGGACACUGACUUUCCUGACCCGCUGGACCUGCAGGACAGCGACACUGUCAGUGUAACCGAGGGGAGCGGGAAGGGGGGCCCUCCAGCUGACCCCUGCCCACCAGCAGCAAAUGCUGCCUCUUCCUCCUCCCAGCCUGCACAGCCUCCACCUCUAAUGCAAAGACAGGAUGAGGAGCCAUGCAAAACAGCCUUCUCCAGCCAGGUCCCAAACACUGGUGCCUACCUUUCUCUGAGGGACCUCCAAAGCCAGUACAGCCAUUGCUCUGUCUAGGAUCUGCCUGGAGGAGACCCACAGGUGGGAAGGGCCACCUCUGCAGGGAAGGCUAGAUGGACACUUUCUCUCCUCAGGACAUGAAUGUAACUUCAGCAUCAAUCCCAUCUGCACUGCUCGCUAAUGAGGCUGGAGAAACUCAGCCAACAAGGACUUACCUUCACAAGCAAAUCUGUUCUUCUGUUACUACUGCCUCCGAUGCCAUAGAAACUCCUCACAUUUCUCAAGUGACAUUCAAAACCUCACUAAUUCAUUUUUCCCUUCCCAGCUCCCGGUAGGAGACUGUGCCAGCACUUCCAUGCUCUGCAUUUUGGUGUAAAAUAGCACUCAGCUUUGAGGCUGAGCUGGCAUAUGAUCAGUUUGCCUCAUACUGGCCUAAAAACCUCUGAUGGGACAGAAAAAUGCCUGAAGA